AUGGCUGUGGAGAUGGCCACCUUGGAGAGUACUCGACUUGGGUUGCAGGUCCUCCAAACAUUGCACUGUCCACCCUGUGAUUACAUCCAUUGUUCCCCUCGUAGAGCACUCAAGCUCCAGUGCAAGGGUGGUAUCACCACAGGGAUUUGUGGUUGUUGCCCAGCCUGUGCCAAACUUGCAGGAGAAAGCUGUGGAGGGACGUGGGACUACCUGGGCAAGUGCGAUGAAGGACUGGUGUGUAUUUACCAAGAAGGUGCAGAUGGAAAACCAGAGGCGGAACGCAAGGGAACCUGCAAAUCAGUGCUUGAGGUCAUCAAAACCAACUCUUGCCGCCCCGAUUGUACAUGGGAAUUCUGUCAGGCAAACCCCAAUGAGAUAUGCUCAUCAAGGUCUGUAGCAAUGGAUAAACAUGAGUGUGGAGGUUACUGUCAGCACACAACCUGCUCCAGCUGUCUGAUUCUCAAACCUCCAUCUUGUCCUCAGUCUUGUGACCCAACAGACCACGUCUGUCUGCAUCGCUAUGGAAGGUGUGUGCGAAGUCACCUAGCCGAGGAAAAACAACCUCCAGUCUGCCACCAGAACCUACAGAGCAACUCUGAGGGAUUCUUUAUGUGCUUAUCUCCUGCCUGUCCAACUACAGUGAACUAA